AUGGCACGUAGAAGCUUCUGUUCUUUCGCCAAUCUCAGGAUCAGGGAAGUUGUCCCUGUCUAUUUCACAAUGUUGGCCGUAUUUAUGAUUCUCCUUGUGGCAUCUCUCCAGGGCCCAUCCCGACAGGAGUCAUACUUUCCAUACCAUGUACCGCUGGAUCCCCAAGGUUCUCUCCAACUCUACUGGAAUGUUAGUUAUACCGAAAAAAUGGUGUACUUCCAGAUCCUGAUUAAGGACCUGAAAUUCGGGAUGAUAUUUGGGAUGUCAGACAGAGGAGACUUUGAAGACGCCGACAUGGCCGUGCUCUGGACCAAUGGGCUGGCCUCUUUCUUUGGAGAUGCCUGGAGUGACCAACAGGGGCGACUCCACAUGGAUUCCCAACAAGACUAUGAACUGCUGAAUGCCGAACAAGCUCAUGAGGGUCUCUAUGUUCUCUUUAAAAGACCAUUUGCCACAUGUGAUCCAAAGGAUUAUCUGAUCGAGGAUGGGACUGUACACUUACUCUAUGCUCUGCUUGAGAGGCCCUUCUCGACGCUUUCUGCUAUUGAUGUUUUUGCCAUUAAAAAACGGGGACUUCAGAGAGUGCAACUCCUUAAGCCAGAUCUACCCAUUCCCAGACUCCCAUCAGAUGUCCUCAGCAUGGAAGUUAGGGCCCCUGAGGUUCUGAUUCCAGGCAAAGAAACCACCUAUUGGUGCCAUAUCACAGAGCUUCCUAAAGACCUUGCGAAGCACCACAUUGUCAUGUAUGAGCCUGUGAUUACCCAGGGACAUGAAGCUAUUGUCCAUCACAUUGAGGUCUUCCAAUGUGCCACCAGCUACUACAGCAUUCCCAGAUAUAAUGGACCAUGUGACUCCAAGAUGAAACCACAAAGCUUAAACUCUUGUCGCCAUGUCUUGGCUGCCUGGGCAAUGGGAGCUAAGGCUUUUUACUACCCAGAAGAAACUGGCUUGGCCUUUGGUGGGCCUGAUUCUUCUAGAUACCUUCGGCUUGAGGUCCAUUAUCAUAACCCCCUGGAGUUAACAGGUCUCAGGGACUCGUCCGGUAUUCGACUUUAUUACACAUCGACCCUAAGAAAAUAUGAUGCUGGCAUCAUGGAAGUUGGCUUAGUCUAUUCACCAGCGAUGGCUAUCCCACCGGGACAGAAGGACUUCAGCCUGGUUGGUUACUGCACAGACAAGUGCACAUAUACAGCCCUGCCUCCCAACGGAAUCAAAAUCUUUGCAUCUCAGCUCCACACCCAUCUGGCUGGAAGAACAGUCUCCACCGUCUUAGUUCGAGAGGGCAAAGAAACUGAGGUUGUGAAUGCCGAUGCCCAUUAUAGCCCACACUUUCAGGAGAUCCGAAUGUUGAAGAAAGUCGUGCAUGUUCUACCGGGGGAUGUGAUGGUAACCAGCUGUUUGUACAACACUGAAGACAGAAGAAAUGUUACAGUGGGCGGUUUCAGCAUCACUGAUGAAAUGUGUGUAAAUUACAUGCACUAUUACCCACGGACAGACCUGGAGUUGUGCAAGAGCAUGGUAGAUCCUGGAUACCUGCAAAAAUACUUCCACAUGGUCAACAGGUUCAACAGCGAUGAGGUCUGCACCUGUCCCGACUCACCUGUUACAGAGCAGUUCCAUGAGGUCCCAUGGAAUUCAUUCAGCAGUGGGGUCCUCAAGUCCUUGUACAGCUCUGCCCCCAUCUCCAUGCACUGCAAUAGGUCCUCUGCCAUGCGAUUCCCAGGGGAAUGGGAAAAGCAGCCGCUGCCACAGAUCAGUGAAGCGUUACUCCCACCCGAAAUAAACUGCCCGGCCAAGGACAGCACAACCUCCAAAAGUAAAGGGCCAACCCUGUUACGCAUUAAGGAGCACAGAUCAUUAUAAGACGACUGUUGCAAUAUAAAGAAGAUCCUUGCUACAAAGCAUUCUGGGAUAUCUCAAAAUCUGGCCAUUCACCUAUUAACCCACCACAAUCCAGCAUUAUGUCUGUAACCAUCAAAGACUCAGUGAGCAGGUCAUUACAUUGAAAAGCCUUUUAGAACCUUUAAACAUUAUCUUUUCCUAAAUCCAGUGCUUGGUCUCCCAUCAUAAGCCUGCCAAACCUGGGGCUGCCAUAAUUGUAUGGUAUCUAUCCAUACAGGCUAUAAGCAAACUUAGGGGGCUUUGCUGCUGAAUUGUGCUUAGUACAGGGGAAUACAUAUGCUCCCAUAAUUUUAAGGUAUCUCUCUGUACAGACUAUGAGCAAACUUAGGGGG